GGCAGUCAUGGCAACAAAAAUGAGCCUUCGCCAUUCGCCAUGCACUCGCACAGAAGUCAGGAGUUCACCUGACCAUGAGAGCGACCUCAACAACUGAUGAUGAUACUGUCUCCUGGCAACGAAAGAACUCGAUUGUAGAUAUUCCUCAAGGAUCUGUCGACUUGGUGCAAGACUACCAUGAGUUCCUGUCGCAGCAGGUGAAAGAGCAAGAUGCCAGCAAACCGAGUCAUGACAAAGUCUUACAAAGGACGCGAAGAGUGGCGGCUGCUGCAGCGACCAAUGAUUUUGGAGCGGCCGAAUAUCGCUGUCUCGAGACGGGAGGAUUUCUUCUUCCGACCGUGUCUUUUCAUCCCUCUUACAAGUCGCUCUUGGCUUGGAGAAAUAAUUCUCUCGAGCCAUCCGACUUUUGUGUUCUGGAUUUGGGCUGUGGCUUGGCAGCCGAUGGACGCCGCAUGCUCUUGGAUGGUUUUGCGACUCACUUGGUGGCAGUCGAUCGAUCGGAGCUGUAUCUCAAGCUGGGGUGUGAAAUGUUUGGGGAAGAACCAGACAGAGUUGUGACAACAGUAGCACGCUUCAAAGAAGACCAAGAGAAAGGAUCACUUUUGGGAUAUCCCAUGGUCACAUUCCUGGCGGCUGAUGUCUCUGCGGGGAAGCAGGCUGAGGAAGAUGAUGAUGACAUAAUAAAGCCAAUCCAGUUGGCUCUUCAAAGACAAAAGCAACAGCAACAAAAAGACCAAGAAAUCAUUAUUAAUGCGCAGCAACAGAAGAUGGGUUCUUUGAAUAUGAGCAAUAGUGCGGCCCUCCCUCUGUUCAACGCCGUGUAUGCCGGCAAGUUCCUGCAUUGCCUAGAAACCAAAGAGAAUUUGCGCAUUGUACUACGGAGAGUUUGGAAGCUUUUGUCGGACCAACAGGGGUGUUUGUUUGGCGUGUACGGAAGAAACUAUCGACCUCAGUUUGAGUGUGCUUCCAAAGAGGCUUUUGAAAAAGCAUUGGUUCAGGAGGGAUUUUCACCCUCUUUGAUUGAGGAGGAAGCAGGUGGGGCAACUUGGUUCUGUGCCUUCAAAAAAAACAUUGAUGACAAAAGUGCAGAAACUAUAGUGAUGCCUACGGAACGGGACAAAUGAAAUGACAGGAAUAAAUGUCGUUGCAAACAAGACUGCGUGACCCACCUCUGACUGUAACAAUGGGCGGUUGCAAUGGUUGAAUGGAAUCCACAAUUUUUGGUCGGGAAGCAGGGUUGCGGGGAAGCCUAACAAAGACCAAAACAUUGAAAAUGGAACUCCGUUCAUGACACCUAGAGACCUGAACUACGUGUAGGUUGCCUCUUGCAGGAAGCAAAUCAAGGAUAUUUCCAAGAGAAUUACAUGUUACAACAAAAGGAGGGCCGCGGCCAAGAUUACGGCGCCAAGAUGACAUACUGACAGGACGCUACUGCUGGAUGAUUCGUUUGACUGAGUGCUGGCUGCGGUAUCACUCUCCAAAGAGGUUGCACUUUCACCAGAAGAUGUGCCUUGGCCAUCUGGGGGAGAAGAACAGCUUAUUUGAUAGCCAAGGUUUUUCGAUUCGUUGUACACCAUGCCAUCAAGUGAAGCGUUUCCUACCAGGGUUCCAGGUCGGUACGUUCCUUUCCCCCAGAGCCCAUCCUUACUAGGACUAGGACUGUCCGCCACGAAUCCUCCAAUAUAAAUGUCGUAGGUUUCUCCGAUGACGAGCUCACGCGACGAAAAGACCAAAGAUUGGAACUCUUUAGCGGGGAGGAAUGAAAACAUGACCAUGCCACUCCGAGGGUUUUCCAUGUGAAUCAUGGUCCCCGCUGCUUGAACCGAAUCGAAAAUGUAUCGGAUGGACAGUUGAGUGGAUGCAGCGCUGUUGGGUGAUUGCGCCAUUUCAGCACUUCCAACUGCCAGCAAAAACCCACCCGAUACCUUGAGUACCCCCUCCGUGUCCAGGGCGCCACUCGUUGAUUCAGUAGGUCCAUUUACAAUGAGCGUUCCGCCCGUAAUGUUGAUGUGCCCAUUGGAGUCAAUUCCGUCUCCGUCAUUACCAGAAUCAAUGUAGACAUAGCCGCCGUUGAUGGACAAUAGCGAGUCCUCGGAGACAUUGCAGGAAGGCCGACCCCGGCCAACGAUAGGACCUCCUGCAUCUGGAAGAUCUGAAGCAACAUUGUUUCCUCCGGCAGCAUUGAUCCCAUCGUUGCUCGCCAGAAUGCGGAUGUUGCCACCGUUAAUUGUCACAUAAGGAGCCGCCAGGCCCUCAUAGGAUUGACUAAUUUUGACCAGACCAU